AUGCUGAUCCUUCCUGUUGUUGUGUUAAUCGGUAGUGUUUACUCUAGUGUCAGUAGUUGUGUAACAAACUGUGACGAUGUAGUAUGUUCAUCUUUGAGAUGUACCAACACCUUUACAAAUGAAUGCGAUUGUUGUCCGAAAUGUGUCCAAGCCGAAGGCCAAGAGUGUGAUGAAGACACUUUGAGUUGUGGUCAUGGCCUGGAAUGUGUCAAUAGUGAUGACAUCUUCCAGUGCCAAAACGAAAGUAAGUUGACGUGAAGAUAUAUGGCUCUGGGUAUAGCUACUCGUAAUCAAUGGGCCUUUAUUCUCGGGCCAUAAAUCUCGACUUGAUUUACAGGUGCCGAGUGCAAUCCGGAACUGUGCGACGUUUCGGUUCCGGUUUGCAUCGAGGACUCGCAUCUGGUUCUGGAGCCGCCUUCGGACGACAAAUGUUGUCCUGAGGCAAGGUGUGAAUGCGACUACGCAAUGUGCGAAACAUUAAACAAAAGUUGUCCUCAAAACACAAAAAAGUUCCUGCUGAGAAAAGGAAGCAACGUGCCUGGAAUGUGCUGUGAUCAGUUUGAGUGCAGGCAGCCAGGUAAAAGAACGUUUAAGACAGUAAACUAUCUUCGUAUGAUAUUUUGUAAAAACAUCUUAGAUACAGCAUUUUAGGGUUUCAUUGUGGCAGAGUACGAUGUUCGAUAUAUCAAGGACUCGAUCUGUUCACAGAAUGUCCAUCCGACAGUUUUCGACCAGAAGCCUACAUUCCGGAAGCUGCGUGUUGUCCUAUUUACCCAGAGUAAGUAUUAUAAUAUAAGAUAACCUUACGAAUACAUCCACCUUAUGAAUAAUUGCCAGCUUCUAAAUAAAGAUUAUUUUCUUUAGUAAAACAUUUACUAUAAUGUAUUACUUUUCAGUUGUAAAUGCAAAGGCUCGGUAUGUCCGCCAGUUCAGUGUAACCAAGAUGAAGAUGUUGUCAUAAUACGACGAGGUACCCAGUCGCCUGGAAGUUGUUGUGACAUUUUUGAAUGCCGUCAAAAAGACAAUGGCAUGGUAACUGAGACUUGUACCCACGAUGGAAGGCAGUACUUGUCUGGAGAACAAUGGAAUCUGCCGAACUGUAGAACAUGUUGGUGUGACAGUGGAGUGUCACUCUGUAAAACUCUUGAAUGUCCUGUGAUUGCGGGUGAGUUUGUGUAAAACGUUUAAAGACAUUUUUUGAAAAUGCGGUAUGUUGACAUGUAUAUAACAGUAUUCUGUUUUUUUUUGAACUUUGCAAGCACGUCUUUAAAGAUGUUUUGUAACAUGAUGUAUAAGACUUAAUUGUUCAAAAUUUCAGAACAUUGUACAUGGAUUGAAAUACCAGAUGGCGAAUGUUGUCCGCAAUGUCAAGGAUGUACUGAUGAGUUCGGCAGACAUAACAUAUUUGACGUUUGGAUCAAAGAUGAUUGUACAAAGUAAGUCAUAUUCACUAUUUAUCAUCAUUGUACGUAAUAUUUGUAUUCAUAUUAAAAAUGGUACAUAUGAUACCGAAAGUUCUUAGAGCUUUAUUUUUUAACUAUUUGUAUCGUAUAUUGUAGUUGUACGUGUGGCGAUAACUUUAAAACCGAAUGUGUUAAGCCAUUAUGCAAAUGUGGAGAAAGUACUAAACCUGGGAAGUGUUGUACUGAAUGCGAAGGUAUGUUUGCGGUAAUAAAAUUGUAAUCAUGAGCUUUUUCUAAAAAUAUUACCUUUUAAUAAAAUAGUAAAUAUACACUUUGAUUAUCUUUUAUAGAAACUACAGUAUGCCCAUCACUGCUAGAUUGUGAACUGAGAUGUCAGCAUGGUUUUGAAAAAGAUGACAAUGGUUGUGAUCAAUGCAUAUGUGCAUCUGAAAGUGUCAUUGAAGAUGUUGUUAUCUACGCUAAAUGCGAAGACCAGUCACCGUGCGAGAAGUACGUUUGAGUUGCUGUAAAAUCUUGUUAAAUAUAACUUAACAUGACAUUUUUAAAUUAUAGUUUACAAAUUUGAUAGAGGAUUGGUCUUGUAAGUCUGUCUUUACAGAAGCUGCUUCAACGGGUUCCAGUUAGAUUCAGAAGGCUGCUACACAUGUGAAUGUCUGAAGUGUCCUUUGAUGAAUAAUUGUAAAAAGAAAUGUCUGUUUGGGUACAAAACAAACGAAAUGGGAUGUUCAAUAUGCAAAUGCAAAGGUAAAGCUUUAAGACUAUUAACGGAAACCGUGUAGACCAAUUGGUAACAAUAAGAUGGGGUUAGUGACAUAACUUUAAUUCAACUUUGAAGUAAACUUACGUAACUUUUAAUUAUGUAAUGUAAGACGCUUACUAGAUAACAAUAUUUAUAAAUCUUACGCUUUACUUUUAGAAGCUGUGAAUGAAAGAAACGUAAUUAAAGCCACUAACUCAAUCGACUGUAAGAUAGAUGAUCAUAUAUACAAAGACAGUGCAUGGUGGAGUGAUUCUUGUAGACAAUGUCUGUGUACAAACGGUAGAAUGUACUGUUCUGCACUAUCGUGCACAUCUUCUGAUGACAGUUGUGAAGCUACACCAUACAACGUUAAAAAGGGAGAAUGUUGUCCAUCUUGUAGUCAACUAAUCCAGCCUUCCUUUGUACCGUGCAAUGAAGAUGGUGAUCAAUAUGUUGACGGAGAAACGGUGGAAGUUGGAUGUUACAAGUGUAUAUGUGCUCUUGGUCAUGUGCUGUGCUCUGAUGCUGAUUGUGAUAAGGAAUAUCUACUCAACAGGUAAUACUGUCAUCUAGAUUGUAUCUUGUAAUUUUAGUUUUCCAAAUGAAUCUUCCGAAUUCGGGUAUCAGAUUGAUUGCAUUGAUUACAAGAACAAGAUGCAUGUGUAUAAUGACACGUGGACAGAAGGCAACUGUAGACUAUGCCAAUGUCAACUUAACGGCACAUCGAGUUGUGUUGACAUCGUAUGUCCUGAAGUCAAUUGUGAUGGGUAUCUUGCGUACCUUGAUGGCCAAUGCUGCCCAGUUUGCAUAGGUAUGUCAAUGUCUAAUCAUAUCAUAUUCAAAAAUCUUUGUAAAUUAUUGUAAAUUUCAGAGAAGUGUCAAGUGCCAGUUUGUGAGUAUAAUGAUGUAACAUACUAUGCGAACGAAGUGUUCUCAGAUGGACUUUGUCGCAAUUGUACAUGUACUCAUUACGGAAAUGUAGAAUGUACAACAGCACAAUGUCCGGCAUGCGAGCGACCUGUAUAUGUACCUUUCGAAUGUUGUCCUACUUGUUCUGGUAAGUUACCAAUUUUGAAUUUUUAAAAUCUACUGUUACUUCUUUUUACUUCUCUUAACGGCUUAUAUAAAAAUAUACCAAUUACUGCGUGGAUUACUGUAACAAAACCUUUUUAGAAAAUGUUUUAUUUUCGUCAAAGAUGGAAACAGAAGUUGUUGUCUUUGAAGAAUCGGGUUUGAAUGUUCACUACGCGACAUUAGCUCUUACCUUGUUAAUUAUUGUAGCAAUUGUUGUAGUCAAGACCGUAAAAUAUUAUCGUAAGGUAAGUUGGUAUUUUUAUUUUAAAAGUCGAUGUAAUGUUGUAUUUCAAAAAGUUUUUACAGAAAGAAAGCAUCGCUAGACAUACUGAUAACGGGUAUUUGAUUAGUGGAACAGCAGACAACAAGAUCAUAUAUACAAAGCUGACAGGGUAA